AUGGGUGCUGGGCCGUCUCUAGGCAAGUUCCUCAAGAGUAUGGACGAUGCUGACCUUAUUGAGCUUGUGGAGAAUGCUUAUAAACUGGAGCCCCAACGUAUGGACAAGAUAUUUGCAUUAGUGAAAGAGCGCUAUUGUGAAGGACCGCAACAGUCUCGAGGAAUUGAUGACGUGGAAUCAGACACUUCAUUAAGUCUUUCAAGUGUUUUAUUGCCACCUACAGCAUCAGAUAUGUCUUCAUCACCACCAGCUACUCCAAUAUUGAAUGAGAUGUUGCAAUCAACUUCAGAGCCAGUGACGUCCAUUUCGAUCACGACAAAUUCAUGUUCGAAUUCCAGUGACGCAGUGACAACGACACGGAGCAUUAAUAGAACGCCCGAUGCAAGUGAUGAUACCUCGAUACUAACAGGAAUCAAAGACCCGAUGAAUGCACUUUGGACUUUUAAAGGCCAUCCACUUCGCGAGCUGCAGGCGGCUGGCAAGAAUCCGCAGAAUACCGGUAAUCGGGCGCUGUUACAUCAAGGAAUACUGCAUGCGGAUCAUUUAGGAAAGAAUGGUGGUGACAUUGUAGAUCCAUCGACUGGAGCAAUUUUAACACCACAGGGUGAGGUGGAUACUGAUGGAUAUCCAGUGAUAUAUGGCAGCUGUGGUCGUGAUAAACGAUAUGGACGCUGUUCGGUAUGCUACUUUCGUGGUCUUCGCUGCAACACAGCUCACUAUUGCGCCUGCUGCCAACGAUCUGUGUGCAUUCGACCGCGCAAAUACCCGGGUGAAGAGCACCAUAAAAUAUGCUGGAACGUGCUACAUAUGGACAAGGAUAUGAUUCAGCGCGUGGAAAAGAAGAAGAAACGUAAGCUGCAAGCUCUGACCGCUGCAGCUACCGCAACAGCGUCAGGAGCUGUUUCACGUCUGAUGAAUGUCGAAACCUGCAAUAAUGAGGAUGCUGACAGUGGCGAUAGUUAUAGACAAAACGAUAGCCGCAGUCAGUCUGUUGUGGAUUUGCAUCGAGCACCGUCAAUUCCAACGGUAGUCGCGGACGUGAGCGGGGCAGUGGACUUGUAA